AAUUUGAUAGAUGUCAGGUCGUGCGACCGCGUGUUAACUUUUCAUGAAAUGAAUACGUGACUAAAGAUGUAUAUAUACGAAUUACCUUUUGAGAUUAAUAAAGAAUUGUGUAGGUUGUUAGAUAAUGAAGACGACUGGAAGGACCUGGCUGGCGUUCACAUGAAAUAUUCAGCUUUCGAUAUCAAUGAAAUAGAACAACUAGCAAAUCGUCAAGCAUCCUCGCCUACACACCAACUAUUCACUAGAUGGGGUCAAUUGAAUCAUAGGGUGGAAGAAUUAUUCAUCUUAUUAUAUCGUAUGAAACACAUACCAGCAUUAAGAUGUCUAGUGCCCGUUGUUGACAGCAGAUUUCACCGACUCCUACAAAAACAGGAUAGCAAGAGUUUGAAAGACAAACAUUAUCUUUCCUCUGAUGAUAAUAUUAAUAGACAAAAAACAUUGAAACUUGAGGGAAGUGACAUAACACUACCUCUGCCUGUUAUGCUUAUUGAAAAGGCUAUACAACUACCAACACCGAGCGGAGUAUAUGAUGAUACAUUACAAACAGAGGACUCGAAUGCAGAUAGCACAAAGACCUUAAGGUCUACACAAGGCGACAAACACGAAGGUUUGGACGACGAAAUACUCAGAAAUGUUUCAGCCAUACCGCUUAUAAGUUAUGAAGAUCUAAAAGAGGCAACUAAUAACUGGAGUGACAACAAUCUGCUGGGUAAAGGUGGUUUCGGGAAAGUCUACAAAGGCGAAUGGAAACUUCUACCAGUAGCGGUAAAAAAGUUGCUCGAUAAUGAUGACAAGAAUAAAGAACUCAUCAGAGAGAUGUGCCUCAACCAGUAUAGACAUGACAACAUUCUACCACUAUAUGGGUAUAGUUUAGGAGGUCCAGAAACUUGUCUUGUAUACCAGUUAAUGGCUGGAGGUUCCUUGGAGCAAAGGCUAAGGUUCAAAACAGUAUAUCCGCCGCUGUCAUGGGUGCAACGACACAGGAUAGCUCACGGUGUUGCCAGAGGUCUACAGUAUCUCCAUACAAUGGCCGGGAUUCCUUUAAUCCAUGGUGACAUAAAGCCCGCUAAUAUUUUGUUGGAUCUGUGCACUAUUCCUAAGAUUGGAGACUUUGGUCUCGCUAGGAAGGGGCCUUAUGGGGAAGAUAAAACUCAUUUAAAAGUAUCUAGAGUUAACGGCACUCGCCCGUAUUUACCGGACGAGUACCUCCGGUCCCGAUGUCUCUCGCCAGCCGUGGAUGUGUUUAGCUUCGGAGUUGUUAUGGUGGAAAUAGCGACAGCCCUACCCGUUAUAGAUAAAGCUAGAUCGGUGUUACUGUUAAGCGAUUACAUUCUUCAGUUAACAAGAGAAGGAGUGGAUUUGGCAACGCAAGAGGACAAAGUUCUUCGUGGAACGCAAAAUUCUUAUCCGCAACUAUGUAGAGAGUUCAUAGCUAUGGGUCUUCACUGCACAAAGUAUUUGAGGCAUGAAAGACCAAAAAUGCUUGAAGUUUACAAAAGAUUGGAUGCUAUGGAAUUUCCAGGAAAACAUUGUUCAUGAAAUGAAUGGAAUAAAAAGUUUAAUUCAGUUUUCAUUUGAUUUUUAAACUGCUUAAGAAAUGGAAUAUAUUUAUAAUUAUAUAUAAGGAUGUAUAAGGGUGUCUGUACAUUAAUAUAAAUAAUUAUAUUUUUGCAUAUUUAAAAAAAACGCGCUAAUUAAGUCGCGAGUGCCAUCUUGUAAUUAAUACUUUAACUAUUUAAUAUUUUUUGGGAAUUUUUACCCAGUGGUAAGAACGCGUGAAUCUUAACCGAUGAUCGUGGGUUCAAACCCGGGCAAGCACCACUGAAUUUUCAUGUGCUUAAUUUGUGAUUACAAUUCAUCUCGUGCUUUACGGUGAAGGAAAACAUCGUGAGGAAACCUGCAUGUGUCUAAUUUCACUGAAAUUCUGCCACAUGUGUAUUCCACCAACCCGCAUUGGAGCAGCGUGGUAGAAUAAGCUCCAAACCUUCUCCUCAAAAUGAGGAGAGGAGGCCUUUAGCCCAGCAGUGGGACAUUAACAGGCUGUUACUACCUUAUUUUAGCUAAUGUUGGCAGUCAAUGUGUUAAAUUAAAGAUAAUUUUUACAUGGUAAAUUUUAGUAUCCGAUUGUAGAAAUUUGUAGAAAAAAGUGGCUGUUUCGGUUUCGGUUCGGGAAUUUUUACACUUAUUGCCUUUUAUAUAAUUAAUGUAAAAAUAUAUUAAUAAUUACUAAUAAUGUAGAUGAAAUUUUUCUUAGGUAUAAUUUUUGUACGAAUUAAAAUAUAUACAUUUUAAAUGUUAUUGUAUGUGCGGUGUUGACUUAUACAUAUGUAUUUAUAUAUUAAUCGGGUUUGAAGGCGAUCAUACAUUUUUAAUUUUAUUAAAUUUUCGAUAUGUUCAC